AUGGAGUUUCUCACUGGACUAAGUAAUGGGGCAUGGAAAAGUCUGUGGUCCUACCUGCAAGUACGCCCAGGUGCAAUCUUGAGUGAAAAAUCAGCAGCAAGAGAGCAAGAAGGCCGGAAAAUAGCUCGUGGCAGUGGCCGUGUCUCUAUCCUGUCACAAGAAGAUCAGCUACUACUCACGCUCAUGCGUCUUCGCCUCGGCCGACUUCAAGAAGAGUUGGCUUAUAGCUUUGGUGUUAGUGAGAGUGCUGUUUCAUCGAUACUGAAGAUGUGGAUCAGUUUCCUCUACCUUCGUCUUGCAAUGAUGCCUAUCUGGCCGGAGUGGGAUGAUGUUGCAAAGUCAAUGCCGCAAUCGUUUAAACAAUCAUUUCCGGACACCUUCAUCAUCCUAGAUGCUACAGAGCUACGCUGCGAGAUUCCUAGCUCACUCUCAUUACAGUCACAGCUCUAUUCGUCGUACAAGUCCCAUACUACGGUUAAGGGUCUUGUUGGAAUCGCACCAAAUGGUACAUUCACGUUUAUUAGCCAACUCUUUACUGGCUGUAUCAGCGACAAGCAGCUUGUGGUCGAGAGCGGUAUCAUUCCACUGCUCGACUCUGUGCCACCAGGCAAGCGUGUGAUGGCAGAUCGUGGCUUCGCAAUCCAGGACUUGCUUGUUAAGCCUGGGCUCAUCUUAAACAUUCCUCCGUUCAAGGGCUCAAGAGCGUUCAUGCCCAAGGAAGAUGUUGUCAAGACACAAAAAAUUGCCAGUGUUCGUAUUCAUGUCGAGCGCGCCAUCGGCAGAGUCAAGUCAAGAUCUCACAUCUUCGACAAAGAUAUACCGUUGGUGCAGUUUGCUUCCAUCAGCCAGGUCUGGACAAUCUGCUGUUUGUUGAGCAACCUCUCUGGCCCACUGAUUGUGGAGUAA